CGGCAGCUCCACACCAUAAAUACUACUUAUCAGAUCUCUCUAUCUGGAACAAAGGGGAAAAAUAAGUAUUCCCAACAAUUCAUAGAGGAAAAUCUACACAAAAGGCAAGCGCGUUUAAUUACAUAACCGGAGGAAGAAGGAAACCAAAAUCUCAUAUUCCGGUUUUGUUGCACCAGAUUGAAGAUAGGGUUUUGUUUACUGGAAUCGUCUGUUUCUACACUGUCGGAGGAAAGGAACUUUGGGAGUGUGACACGUCAGAAUAUGAGCUCUUCAGUGCAAAACAGCAGGAGGGACAAUAAUAAUAACCGAACUAGAAACAAUGGUUUUCAAGGUUCCCGUCGCGAGUGGGUCCCCCGUGGUUCUGCUGCCACCAUACCCUUUGCAGUUUUAACACCGAUGGAUGGUGUCAAUAGUUCGAGUGUUAGUGGAAAUGGGAAUGGGAAUGGGCCUGGAAAUGACAUUGGAAAUGUUGGGGAGCCUAUUCAUAAGUUGGUUCGACCUAUAAUUCCGAAUCAAAACAGGGUUCAUGUAGGGUCAAGAGGAAACCCUAGUCAGCAUGUGAAUCAGAGGAUAGAGAGGGAUAGGGAGAUAGGGAGGGAGAGCGUCAAGCAAAAACAGAAAGCUAAGGUGUCGAAGAACAUGAACAUGCCCCAGCUUGUGCAGGAAAUUCAGGAGAAGCUCUUGAAGGGAUCAGUUGAAUGCAUGAUAUGUUAUGAUAUGGUUAGGAGAUCAUCACCCAUCUGGUCCUGCUCCAGUUGUUACUCAAUUUUUCACCUGAAUUGCAUUAAGAAAUGGGCCAGGGCUCCCACUUCUACUGAUUUAUCAGCUGAGAAGGAUCAGGGUUUUAAUUGGCGUUGCCCUGGAUGCCAAUCUGUGCAGCUCCUGUCAUCUAAGGAGAUUCGGUACGUCUGCUUUUGUGGAAAGAGACCUGAUCCCCCUUCAGAUUUGUAUUUGACACCGCAUUCGUGUGGCGAGCCUUGUGGAAAACCAUUGGAGAAAGAAGUUCCUGGUACUGGUAUGAGUAAAGAUGAUCUUUGUCCUCAUGUUUGUGUUUUGCAAUGCCAUCCCGGUCCUUGUCCCCCUUGCAAGGCUUUUGCUCCGCCGCGUAGAUGCCCUUGUAAAAAGAAAGUUGUUACUACGAGAUGCUCUGAUCAAAAGUCUGUUCUCACUUGUGGGCAGAGGUGUGAUAAACUUCUUGAUUGUGGGCGCCAUCAUUGUGAAAGGGUCUGCCAUGUAGGCCCUUGCGAUCCGUGCCAGGUCCUUGUUAAUGCCGCUUGUUUCUGCAAGAAGAAGAUCGAAGUUGUUCUUUGUGGAGAUAUGGUUGUGAAGGGAGAAUUCAAAGUGGAAGAUGGUGUGUUUUCGUGCAGCUCAAUUUGCGAGAAGAAACUUAAAUGUGGAAAUCAUGACUGCCCUGAAAUCUGCCACCCUGGCCCAUGUGGGGAAUGUGAAUUCUUGCCAGGCAAGAUUGAGACUUGCUGCUGUGGUAAGGCAAGUUUAAAGGAGGGUAGGCAGAGUUGUUUGGAUUUGAUUCCAACAUGUUCACAGAUCUGUGGCAAGAUUCUCCCUUGUGGACUGCAUAGCUGCCUGAAUGUCUGUCAUUCUGGUGUUUGUCCACCAUGUCCUGUGCUCGUCAGCCAAAAAUGCCGCUGUGGUUCAACUUCUCGAACUGUUGAGUGCUACAAAACUGUCACAGGGAGUGAGAUAUUUACUUGUGAUAAACCCUGUGGUCGGAAGAAGAACUGUGGAAGGCAUCGGUGCAAUGAACGGUGCUGCCCUCUUUCUAAUUCUAACAAUAGUCCCUCUGUUGAUUGGAAUCCACAUUUGUGCUUGAUGCCGUGUGAAAAGAAGCUAAGGUGUGGACAGCAUUCUUGCCCAUCACUGUGUCACAGUGGUCAUUGUCCUCCCUGUCUGGAGACAAUUUUCAUUGACUUGACUUGUGCUUGUGGUAGAACUUCAAUUCCUCCUCCACUUCCUUGUGGUACGCCUGCCCCUUCAUGUCAAUACCAUUGCUCAGUUCCUCAGCCAUGUGGUCAUCCAUCUUCUCAUAGCUGCCAUUUUGGGGAGUGCCCACCGUGCUCAGUUCCUAUUGCAAAGGAGUGUGUUGGUGGGCACGUCAUCCUCAGGAACAUUCCUUGUGGGUCCAAGGAUAUUAGAUGCAAUAAGCUUUGUGGCAAGACAAGGCAAUGUGGCUUGCAUGCAUGCUCUAGAACUUGCCAUCCACUACCCUGUGAUUCUUCUGCUGGAUCAACUACUGGUGCAACAGCUUCUUGUGGGCAGACAUGUGGGGCUCCAAGGAGUGAUUGCAGGCAUACGUGUACCGCCCUUUGUCAUCCGUUCUCUCCAUGUCCUGAUGUAAGAUGUGAGUUCUCUGUCACGAUCACUUGUUCUUGUGGCCGAAUAACUGCUACUGUUCCUUGUGAUGCUGGAGGUAGCAAUGGAGGGUACAAUGUUGAUACUGUUCUUGAAGCCUCCAUAAUCCAAAAGUUACCCGUACCUCUACAACCAGUUGAAGGAAAUGGCAAGAGAAUUCCUCUUUCUCAGAGGAAGCUCGUGUGUGAUGAUGAAUGUACAAAGACGGAGCGUAAAAAGGUUCUUGCUGAUGCUUUCGGAGUUACUUCCCCAAACUUGGACGCAUUUCAUUUUGGUGAGAGUAUGUCAAUAUCUGAAGUGCUAUCAGAACUUCUCAGACGUGACCCUAAGUGGGUGUUGUCUGUGGAAGAGAGAUGCAAAUAUCUGGUCCUUGGCAGAGGUAGAAGUGGAGUCAAUGCCCUUAAAGUCCAUGUUUUCUGCCCGAUGUUGAAAGAAAAGAGAGAUGCAGUUAGGCUGAUAGCGGAAAGGUGGAAGCUUUCUGUGAAUGCUGCUGGUUGGGAGCCAAAAAGAUUUAUUGUCGUUCAUGUUACACCUAAGUCCAAAGCUCCAGCUCGUGUGCUUGGAGUAAAAUGUUCUAAUCCUAGUAGCAUGUUGCAACCACCAAAUUUUGAUCCUCUGGUCGACAUGGAUCCCAGACUUGUUGUUGCUCUUUUUGAUAUGCCUAGGGAUUCAGAUAUCAGUGCAUUGGUCCUCAGGUUUGGUGGGGAAUGUGAACUAGCCUGGUUGAAUGAUAAGAAUGCAUUGGCUGUCUUCAGUGAUCCAGCUCGAGCAGCAACUGCUAUGAGGAGAUUAGAUCAGGGAUCUGUGUACCAUGGAGCAGUUGUAGUUCCUCAAAUUGGUGGUGCAUCAGCUACAACUUCAGGUGCUAAUGCUUGGGGAUCUUCUGUAGCAUCCAAGGAUGGAAGUGGUAUGGCAUCCCUGAAGGGGAAUCCAUGGAAGAAAGUAGUUGUGCAGGAUCCUGACUGGAAGGACGGUUUUUGGGUUGGUGAGGAGUGGUCAGGAACUGCUACUGAUUCUGACUUGAAGGGGAAAGAAGCUCCAAUUGCAGCAUCAGCCAACAUGUGGAGUGUUCUGGAUUCCGAAAGCACCUUGAAAUUAUCAGCUGCUUCUGUUAAAAAGGAGGAUCUUUUGAAACAGCCUGAAAAUAGUUCUGUAUCGGCCACUAAUCCAGAAGGCAGUGGUUCGAAUUUGCCGGCACUGCAAGAAGGGACUAGCGUUGAGUGUUCUGAUGAUGUAGUGGAUGAUUGGGAGGAGGCUUAUGAUUGAGUGUGUGCGUACAAAUUUAUAUCGACAAGAUAUUCUGUGCAAGCAAUAAUUGCAGGAGAGAAGUUUCAAUUCAGUUUGCCCUCCUGUGUUCACGUUUUAUCUUUAGUUUCCUUUUUGGGAAAAUGACUUUCUGGUUUGGAUAUUUCGCAUGUGGUGUAUGCCUUUUUAAGAAAUUUCACAGCUAGAAGGAAAUUUAGCGAGGAAGUUCCGUCCCUGUUGGUGGAAGUUGGAAAGUAUGCUGUUGCUGUAAAUGUGUAUUUCGUUCCUCCGCCUUCUUCGACUUAAUACGUAUCUCAUUCACCAGUCUUUAAAUGACCAUGGUUUAUCAUUUUCUGUGUUAGUUCUUAUUUCCGUUUUCCAUGAUAUUUUCGUUGAGUUUUCCUUCAUAAUCCUGUAGUUGCUGUUGCACUAUCUAUUUCUCCUCUCCCUUUUGUUAACUUAGCUAGCAUGGACGGAGGAAGGGAGCACCUGGUCAUCUCAGUGUUUUUGGCGUUUUUGGUGAAAUGAUGGAAGUUGUAGCAACCAGUGGAUGCUUCAUUAGGAUAUAGGGAAUAGGAUCACCUUUUGAUUCUUUCGCAAGUAAGAUAUUAUUUGAUAUUGCACCGUCUCUGAUGAUGCUAUUGUAGUCUUGUGGAGUUUUCCUUUUUAGACGUUGAUAUUGUGUCAAUUGCGUUUAGCUGUGUACUCGGCAUAUCUCCCUCUUCCUCUUGGUUCUUGCUAGUGCGCACAUCUCGAGUAGCUGGGUUGGGUGGUCUAAAUUUAUGUCUUAUUUUGGAAUCGAAAUACUAAAGAUGUAUAUGACAGUACUCGAUGUGCAACCUUUGAGUUCUCACAAUAUGUGCAUACAAACAUUCAGUAA